AUGAAGCGAAUGCUUAUGUCCCAGCCUUCCCUCUACCUGAUCCACCUACUCAUUCGAUCCACCUGUUGGAAGUAGGUCAGGCCUGUCUCGAGGAUUUUAUUCGUCGCUUUUCUGGAGCCCCUCUUCUACUUAACGAUCUUGUUUGUAACUCAUUUACAGUCAUUUAACAAUUGUUUUUUGGUAUUGGAAUAGUUUACUUUCUUGAAACAGAUGUUGUUAAUUCCCACAAUACUAAAUAUUUAAAAUAUGGCAACAUGCCUUUACUUCUUUAUAACCCCAUGUCCAGAGUCAUCAGUCAUGAAGGCCAACAUCGUGAACUUUUUACGACCCUUCUUCUGACUAUGGCCUGGGGGCAUCCGGGUUUAGAGAACGUGGUCCAGUCACGCACCCGGGUAAUAGAUAUCCGUCCCCUUAGGGCUUCCAUUCCCAAAGUCGGCGGUCUUUCCGUUCAAUUCAGGGAUGAAUGAUAACAAUGAAAGUCCGAAAUUCGAACCUGGGGUCUGGAAGUAAGUCAUAAAUCUCUAGUAAUAUGCACAUCUGGUCCUUUCCCACGGCCUAGUUCCGGCUUAAACCGUUAAAUUGAUUUGAGAAUGUAUUUGAAGUCAUUUGUAUGAAUCUUGUCGAGGAUGGGUGACGAUUUCGACCCUUUCAGUGUCAUGAGUUACAACCACAGCUCAUCGUACAACCGGACAUACGAAAGGAAGGUGAUUGAGGAAGGCGGGGGCAAGCCCACUGUUCGAAUCAGCUCUCCCUUCCAGACGGUGACCGCCGGAGGUGGUGGAAUCCCCUUCUCAAUCCCCUCCCUCCCCUCUUCCAGUUUCAUUACUCCUCACAAUUACCACUUCGGUAAUUGUGCCGGAUCAUUCUCUUCCAACGAUGACUCCUUGAAUGCUAUCCUCGAUGUGUCCGGAUUUGCUCCAGAGGACCUCAAGGCAAGUUCUUGUUUCUAUUUGUCACUAACUCCAUGUACUUAACACAAUAUACUCCUUAUACUAGGGUUAUAAUGACAUGAUUUGUUCAGGUGUCGGUGGUUGGUCGUCAGAUCGUAAUUGAGGCCAAACACGGCGAGAAACAAGAUGAACUGGGAUCCAUCGAGCGAUCCUUUAUCCGUAAAUUCAACUUGCCGAAGAAUGCGACCCCCGAGUCGGUGAGCAGCAACCUGACUGGAGAGGGACAACUCACCAUCACCGCCCACGCCCCCCAACAACAACAGACCGCAUCCCAAAGCAUCCCCAUCAAGGUGCAAACCAAUGGCAGCGCUUAA